UAAGAAAUAAUAGGGUAAUUCAAUUUAGUGAGUUGGUUUCAUAAAUAUAACCAGAAAUGUAACUAAGCAGCUGUUUUGAAAAGCAUGGCGGUCCAAGUAAAUAUCCUCAUAGCUUAAGAAGUUGGAAAAAGCAUGUAGUUUUCAAGAUAGAGAAUCAAGAAAAAAUCGUCUUUUAAGAAUAAAAAUUAUGGACAACAACAAAAUGUGCAAUAUAAGCCGCGCAAGCGAAGACGAUGACGAUGAAGUGGAAGAAGAACGGGAAUUGAGGAUAUUUAGUGUGGAUAGUGAGGAAGAGUUACCAAUUAGGAGCAACGUAAUCGGUCUGGAUGGCGUCGAGGAUGAUGAGGAUGUGUGGUUAAAUCCGGGCGAGGGAGGCAAUUUCGAUGACGACCUCGAGAACAUAAACAUAGGCAAUUUCUUUCACAGAGUGAACAGCGAUCAGAUCAUUUAUCAGACGAAGAAGCGAAGGCUUAAAAUUUUCGGUAAAUACGUAAUGGGCGACUUGCUCGGAGAGGGCUCCUAUGGUAAGGUGAAGGAAGCGCUCGAUUCUGACACCUUGUGUAGAAGGGCUGUUAAAAUUUUAAAACAGAGAAAGUUACGUAGGAUACCUUGCGGGGAGCAAAACGUUCAGAGAGAAAUAAAACUUUUAACAUCUUUAAAAAAAGACAAACACAAAAAUAUUUGUAACCUCGUUGAUCUCUUUUUUAAUGAAGAAAAACAAAAAAUGUACCUGGUGAUGGAGUAUUGCGUCGGAAGUCUUCAAGGGUUGUUGGAAUCAACGCCCAACAAAAGGUUUCCUUUAUUUCAAGCGCAUGGUUACUUUACACAGCUCAUAGAUGGUUUAGAGUACUUGCACAGUAUGCGCAUUGUUCACAAAGAUAUCAAACCUGGAAACUUACUUCUCACUCUUGAAGGUGAUCUUAAAAUAUCCGAUUUAGGUGUUGCAGAGACUAUAGAUUUAUUUGCUGAAGAUGAUACAUGUCAUAAUGGUCAAGGAUCUCCUGCGUUUCAACCACCGGAAAUUGCUAAUGGUUUGGAGUCAUUUCCUGGAUUUAAAGUUGAUAUUUGGAGUGCAGGUGUUACUUUAUAUAAUAUUACAACCGGUACUUAUCCAUUUGAAGGCGACAACAUUUAUAGGCUUUUUGAAAAUAUAGCAACCGGUAUUUUUACAAUUCCAAAAGAAGUUGAUGAUCAACUCCGUGGUUUACUUCAAGGAAUGCUUCAUAAAGAACCAAUAAAAAGAUUUUCAUUGCAAGAUAUUAGAGAAAACGCUUGGUUUGGACAUAAACCUAAAAGAGAUUGUGAACCAGUUCCAAUUCCACCUCUCCGUGGAGAUGAACUACAUUCAAUGACAGUUCUUCCAUAUUUAAUUGAUCAUUAUUACGAAACGCAAAGUGAUGGUGGUAUAAGUGACGUUCAAUAUUUCACAGAACAUGAGCUUAACGAACGACGAAGAGCGGAAAGUCAACAGAAAAAUGGUGGAUCAACAGUCGCACAUGUUUCAAAGCGAAGAUGGAAGAAACCCAUCUCUUGUAUCACGGUGAAACGGUUUCCUGGUUGCAAACAAUCGUGACAAUCGUUUAAGUCUCUAGUCUAUUAUUGCAACCACGUUCAAAUCCAGUCGCACUCUUAGUGGGGCUUUACUGGUCGAGGGUCGACCGAUGGUGAAACUAGAAAUCAAAAAAAUAAUAAAAAUUGGUCGGUGGUUUAAAAAUCAGUCCCGCGGCGUGCAGUAUUCUAACGGUAUUGUUAUCUUGUUUUAUCAUAAUUAUUACUACUACCACUAUUGCUGUUAUUGUUGCAAAAAAACGGAUUAUAAAAAAUAAUGAUGAUGUAAAUGUUUUUCUUGUGAUGUUGCGCGUUUUUCGCUCAAUGAAUGGACAUUAAUUUUGUUUAGCGUCGGCGGCGGCGUUGUACGUUAAAUCAUUUUUCGGUCUGGGACCAACAAUUCCCAGCUUCGUGUGCUAGUUGAGUGCCAUAUGUUUCACAUGCAAGUUGAAAAUGAUGAAGAGAAGUAAAUCUGUUGAUUUUGUA